GCUUGGGGGCAUACGCUCACUUCCUCUUAACGAAAGCCCUUAGCAGAUAUCAUUCCACAGCUUUUCACUGAGCGCCUACUGGGUGCCGGGCACUAUCCCCUCCAUCGCGGACCUCGGGGAUAGAACAUCGCGUCGCACGGAAAGGGACCUGCUGACCAACUAACUGGUUUCUGACCCCGCUCCGCUCGUGCCCGCCUCGGGAGCGCGCAGGGAGGGAGAUCGAGAGGGCGGGGCUUCAGGAGGCUCGGAGAGGGGCGGGGCGCCACGCGUCCGGAUUCGGAGGCGGGGCACUGGGAGUGUUGGGCCCAUAGGGGGCGGGGCACGGGGGUUGCUAGGCGCAUUCCGAUAGGUUCCAUCGGGGAGGCUUUGAGAGCGUAAGGCCCCGCCCCCAAUGGAACGCUGCCGGCGAAGUCAGGUGACCGGAGAGAGCGGUGCUCAGCGCCCCAGCCAGAAGCAGGCGGCGGGUCCGAGCGGAUCGGAAAGGUGCUCGGGAUUCCCGUCACUGCAGAGGGGCUAAGGUUUAACGUCCAAAGACACCUUGUUCAGUAUUUCUGAAGGAAGAACUGUGGUUCCGGGAGGUGACAGCUGGGGAAGGAAAGCUUCCAGUGCGGGAUAGCUGGUAAAAAGCUGAGCAGAUCUGAUUAGGUCCUGAGACGCUAAAGCCAGAGCGAUGUUGCUGAAGACAGCGUCCUUGCUGGCACUGGUGGCCCAGGUGCUGGCUCUGGACAAUGGGCUCCUGCUGACACCCCCCAUGGGCUGGCUGGCCUGGGAACGCUUCCGUUGCAAUAUUGACUGUGAUGAGGACCCCAAGAAUUGCAUCAGCGAGUGGCUCUUCAUGGAGACGGCUGAUCGGCUAGCACAGGAUGGAUGGCGGGACCUGGGCUACGUAUACAUCAACAUCGACGACUGCUGGAUCGGCGAGCGUGAUGCCAAAGGCCGCCUGGUGCCUGAUCCCAAGCGCUUUCCCAGUGGCAUUGCCCACCUAGCUGACUAUGUUCACUCCCUGGGCUUGAAGUUGGGCAUCUAUGAAGACAUGGGCAAGUUCACCUGCAUGGGUUACCCAGGCACCACACUAGACGAUGUGGUCCAGGACGCACAAACCUUCGCUGAGUGGAAGGUGGACAUGCUAAAGCUGGAUGGCUGCUACUCGACCCCUGAGGAACGGGCCAGGGGUUAUCCCAAGAUGGCUGCUGCCCUGAAUGCCACAGGCCGUCCCAUUGCCUUCUCCUGCAGCUGGCCGGCCUACGAGGGGGGCCUGCCUCCCAAGGUGAACUACAGUGUGCUGGCCAACAUCUGCAACCUCUGGCGUAACUACAACGACAUCCAGGACUCCUGGAAGAGUGUGCUUUCCAUCCUGGACUGGUUUGUGAGCCACCAGGACAUCCUGCAGCCGGUGGCCGGUCCUGGGCACUGGAAUGACCCAGACAUGCUGCUCAUCGGGAACUUUGGCCUCAGCUUUGAGGAAGCCCAGGCCCAGAUGGCCCUGUGGACGGUGCUGGCAGCCCCCCUCUUCAUGUCCACAGACCUGCGUACCAUCUCCGCCCAGGCCAUUGACAUCCUGCAGAACCCACUCAUGAUCAAAAUCCACCAGGACCCCUUAGGCAUCCAGGGACGCAGAAUUCUCAAGGAAAAAUUCUUCAUUGAGGUGUUCUUGCGGCCCCUGUCCCAUAAGGCCAGUGCUCUAGUCUUCUUCAGCCGCAGGACGGACAUGCCUUAUCACUAUAAGACCUCCCUUGCCAGCCUAAAUUUCACUGGUUCCCAUGUAUAUGAGGCCCAGAAUGUCUACACCGGUGAGAUCAUCAGUGGCCUCCGGGAAGAAACCAACUUCACAGUGACCAUCAACCCUUCAGGGGUCGUGAUGUGGUAUGUGUACCCCAUCAAGAACAUGGACAUGUCCCAGCAGUGAGGAGCUGGGCAUGUAGCAGAGGCUGGGGUGGCCGCACUGGGCCCAGACCAUGGAGCCUCGGUGUGGUGAGGACCAGUGGGCAAAGGGUCAUCCUGACCCCAUCACACCCAAGGUGCAAUCUCAGGGCCAGCUUUCAUGCCUUGCCCAAGUGGGAACACUUGGAAACUUGCCUUGGGGCAAUUUUCGGGGGCCUUCCCAGCCUCUACCUCAUCUGGAUGGCUCCACAGAUGUUGCUGAACAACUCAGCCAUCUUCCUGAGCCCCCACAGGCAGAGACACUGAUGCCCAGCUAGACCUCAGCCCUUGACCCUCUCUUUAUUGGAAUCAAGAUUUGGAAGUUUUCUUCUAAUUAAGAGCAGAGGACUGAAUUGUCAGAAAUUCCCAUGAAUUGUGAGAUUCGCUUUCCUACCUGAAGAAGGCCUUGCAGACUCAUACUGCAUGGGAACAAGGUUGGCUCCCUCGGAUCCCCAAUAAAGCUGUUCUUUAGUCAAGUGGUUGUAAGACAGACCCGGGGCCCCAGCUGCGAGCAGGGUUCUGGGUGGGACUGGGCAGGGUGCUGAUUUAAAGCUUCACCUCAGAAGACAUACAGCAUCUUCUGGCCCCUUAUAUUCCAAUGUGACCUGCAGAUUACUCUGCCUAGAAAUGCCAGGCUUGCCUCUCACCAGGGAGCCAUCCCUGCUCUGUCCACACACUGGUGCUGGCGACAACACAGGGAGGCAUGGUAGCAAUAUUCCCAAGCCCUCUUUGUCCUGCGUCCUUGCCCUGCUCAACCCCUAGUUCAGAUGCUACAGGGUCUGCCAGCCACUGUUUCCACCCCUGCCGCCCCCCUGCCACAUGGUAAAAGGGCCUGAUCUCCUGAGGAACCUUGUGUUACUGUCUUAGGCGACUUCCAGCUCCUCUCCCCGUUUCUUACAGGGCUGCAUUCACUCCCACGUGGUGCUCUGUGGCUGGGGGCAGGGAUUAACUCUGCUUUUCUCCCACAGGGCCCCCUGUAGCCUCUCCUCUGCCCAUAGUGCCCCCUGGCCCCAGCAUUUCACCUGCUGUCUUUCUGGCAGCUCUUUACCACCCCUUCUCUCCCAUAGCUUCUCCUCUCUCAAUCUGGAAGCACAGGAGGCUUAAAUCCCCCAGCUGUGUCCAAAAACAAGUCCAGGGGCUCUUUGUGUCUUAAACUCUAUUUCCUGCUCCUCCUAGGGAAAGGAGGAGCAUUUAAAGUAAAAUAAAUAAAUAAAAAGGUU